GCAUUCGCUCGCAGCGCAGCAUAAUAUUUCGCGAUACCUGUGCGGAUAGCAGUAUUUUGUGUGCUUUCGUCGUUGUGCUAUGCUGUAAAACUGGUUAUCAUCGCCUAUCUAAAAACCGUCUCUUUUCACUUUUUAACAGAAAUAGUGCAAAAAAAUACGUUCAGUGGUGCAAGUAGUCAAAUUAAGAUCUGAAAUAUCACCAGAAGAAGCUGACAACGGGAUACGAGUUCGAUUUUUACCCUCUGCACCGUAAGAAGCAAUGUCCUUCGCCGAGCGGCUUGCCGGCCUGAUGGCCCGUCCCGGUCAGGACAACGUACCACGGGAUGACGUGCCGUGGCAUCUGAAGUACGGUGGACGUGCGGUCGGCAUUGUGGGUGGAUUCUUCGCCGUUCUUUUCGGACUGUAUAACUGUAUCGGAAUUUUACUCGGCGACAUCGGGUGUCUUGUGGGCGGCAUCCUGCAGAUACUGGCCGGUUUUGUGGUUCUUGCAAUAGAAGCACCAUUCUGCUUCAUUUUCAUCGACUACGUUCAGCAGAUUGCGGAAAAAGCCGAUCAGCGACCGUACUGGAAUCGAGCGGCUCUUUAUUGCGUAAUUGCCAUUCCACCUGUAAUCCUAUGCUUGGGUUUGGGAAGCUUAUUCGGAUGUGGACUCAUAUUCCUCACAGGAAUGAUCUACGGUAUGAUGGCGCUCGGCAAAAAAGCGUCAUUUGCGGAAAUGCGGGCAGCGGCGGCGGCGGCGGCCUCGGCCGCUGAACAGGGCAGAAGUGGUAACAGUAGCAGCGGAGCGGUAAACCUAUCACAGGGAGGCGGAGGCGUUCAAAGCAGCAAACAGAACUCCACCCUGGUGAACAAUGUGCAACCGAUCGCUUACAGUAUGCCUCCACCGUACGACAGUGUAGCCUAAGAUGAGAAGAUUUCGUAGAAUGCCCCCCACCACAAGGCCCCUUUCCCAAAAACCAAUACUAACUCUCCCAAAAUGAUGAAAUAAAAGAAACAGAAUAACUAGCAUAUAUUAAAUUACAAAGUCCUCCGUUGCAUUAGGGUCUGUUUUAUUAGUUCCGGCUACGUCUCCCAAGAGAACGAAGAAAAAAAACGCAAUUAAACGGAUUAUUCUUAAAGCAAAAACAUUGAUUAUUAGCUAAACUAACUGAUAGCCUAAUUGAAUAAAUUGUACUAGAUCUUGUAUUAGCAACAAAUACAACAUUGUGCUGCAGAUUUUUUUUUACAAAACUUAUGUAAAUUUUUUGUUACUUGGCGGAAACGCAGUAAACACUUUGCCCAAUUCAGGAAACAGACAGAUAGAGGAUCUAAGCGAGGCCAAUGAGCUGUUAUUCGUCAAACUGUGAGAUAUAUCAAAUUUAGUUAGCCGAACUCUAUUUAUUACACUUAACCUCCAGUACAUUGAAAAAAGACGUUCGUUUUUUUAAUGUUUAUAGUCGUUAGUUUUUUCGCUGAAAACUUAAUUUGAAGAAAGUGUACAGUGGUUAAAUACUAGUGUACGAGUAGUUAUAAUUAUUAUGAAACUCUCGUAAUAAAUAUCAACAAUAUUAUAUAUUUAAAUUAAGACUGGCAUUGACAAAGCUUAAGUAAACUAUUUGAGUUGAAAAUUCAAAAUGCUGUUUCUAUUGCUUUUCAAUCGAAUCAAACAUUCCUCGUUGAUGUACCAACUUAGUUCAGAACACCCAAACCGUCUAUUUUCGAUGCGCUGAACUAACCAAUUCCGCAGAUAAUUAUUUUCUUACGCUCAAAAGUUCUACUGCUAUUCUUUAUUUUCUUCUUUCUGCAAUGUAAGUCAACAUAUCAAUGAUUUCCGUAUUGUAUUCCCGUUAAGGCAUAGUUCUACAAUCCAAACUAUCAAGAAAAGGAUUCCAUUCCGGUCCAUUGUUGAGCUGAAAUCACUGUGGCGUUGCCCAACUAUCAGUUGCUCAUUAAGCUAUCGUUAAAAUUAAAAUAAUCAUUAUUUUAAGGCAGAAUGACCGACUGUAGAAGCAGGCAGAUUAAACCAAGCCAUGCAAACCCAGCAUCAAUUCAAUGCGCAUGCAUUUCUGUUGCUUUUUCAGUUUUUUCUUAAUUCUGUAAGGCAGCCAAUGCGGAGGCCAUCCGUGGCUGCCCUGUUAAACAGUCAGGUAGCUGUAGUAGGUAAGCGCUCUCCGCAAACGAAGCUGGAGUGGAGCGAAGCAUUAGUCUACUGGCAUAAAUGGUUGGACAAACGUACCGCCGGACUGUGCACCGUAGAUGAAAGCCGAGAGUAGAAUGUUUCGUAGCAAAUUGUAAGCAAAAAUGAUCAACAACAAAAAGCAAAGAGAUAAUGUCUAAAAACCAAGCGUACGUCUACAAUAGGAAUCAUUGAAAAAAAGCUAUUAAAAUAUAUACAUGUGUGUAAAAGUUCAAUAAGUGAAGCAAACAAAGAAUUAGAAAAAUAAAGAAGCAAACGCAGAAUAAAUCAUUAUGUAAAGAUAUUAUAUUUACAUAAUAUAUUUAUUGUGUACAAUGUAUGAAACGAUAAUAAACAUCUAAACGGAAAAUGAAC